UCUCCCUCUCAUUACAGAACACAAGAAACAGAACAGAAUCAGACGCACGCUAUUACACUAACUAGAUCACUCACAUACACAGAUUCACAGAUACAUACAUGCAUACAUACAAAACAAAACACAAACUCUCAUCAUCUUUCUCGUUCAUUAUGCCUACAAUCAUGAUUCUUGGUCUCUUAACCCGCAUGCUCCUCCUUCUCUAUCCUCCAAAAUCUCUCCUAUAAAUACCACUUCUCUCCCACUAAUCACCACUACCUCUCUCUCUUCAAUCUCCAUACACACACAAACACAUCUCUCUUCAGCUCUGUUUCCUCUGUUCUGUUCCUAACAUCUUCUCCUGAUCUUUGCAAUGUCAGUACCCGGGUUCGAGGGAUUUGAGAAAAGACUCGAACUUCGAUUCUUCGACGAUGACAACUCAAUCACCAGUAGCCCUAUGGGACUCCGUCUAAUAGACUUCGAAUCUCUAGACCAAGUCUUAAACGAGGUUCAGUGCACGGUAGUCUCCGCCGUAGCGAAUCGUAGCUUCGAUGCUUACGUACUCUCCGAGUCAAGCCUCUUCGUCUACCCAACCAAAAUCAUCAUCAAAACAUGCGGCACCACGCAACUCCUCAAAUCGAUCCGACCGUUGAUCCAUCUCGCACGUAACCUCGGCCUUACGUUACGCGCGUGCCGCUACUCGCGCGGCAGCUUCAUCUUCCCUAAAGCACAACCUUUCCCUUACACAAGCUUCAAAGACGAAGUCCUCGUCGUCGAAGAAAGCCUUCCCAAAUCUCUCUGUUACCGCAAAGCCUCCGUCAUGACGCCUUCUAAUAACCCCUCACGUGCUUGGCACGUGUUCACAGCCAGCGCUGACGUGGAAUCCGACGAGCCGGUGGUCGUAGUCGAAGUCUGCAUGACGGAGCUCGACCGAGUCAACGCUCGGAGCUUCUUUAAACGGAAAGGCGACGAGAAAAGCAACAGUGACUCCGCAGGGAAAGAGAUGACGCGGCUGAGCGGUAUCGAUAACAUAAACGCAAACGCUUUUAUCUGCGACUUCGCGUUUGAUCCUUGCGGCUACUCUAUGAACGGAGUCGACGGUGGCCGUUACUCAACCAUCCACGUCACGCCUGAAGACGGUUUUAGCUACGGGAGCUUCGAGUGCGGUUUGUCCUUAUACGACGAUGGUCACGAAGAUAUAUCCGAGGUGUUAAGCCGUGCCAUUGAUGUAUUCCGGCCAAACGACGUCUCGAUCGCCACCACUUACGGCGGAGAGGAUUAUAACCACGAGGUGACGAAGCGCGUGGAACGCGUGUUGGCUAAGAAGCUUGGUCUUAAGUGCCGAAGCCGUCUUAUGGAUGAGUUUCCAGGCUCCGGAACAGUCGUUUAUCAGUCGUUCACGCCUCGUCGGAAAUAGUCAUCGCCGGGAGAGAGGAGUAAAAAGGCAAAAAAAAAAAAGGUUUUUUUCUUAAAUUAGGUUUUUUCUUAAAUUAGGUUUUUUAAAAUUAGCUGCGAAAGGACAAACAAAAAAGAAACAGGUGAUGACGUGGAGGGAGACGAUUGGUUGACAUGGGGAUAUAUAUAUAAGUGGGAACAUAUGAUCAUGCACCCCACUUUGCACUUGUGGCAAUGUCACGCCUAAGCAUUUAUGAGGUUCAGUGUUGUAGAAUUUUAGUGGGGGAGGGUAAAAAUGGUUUGCUCUGUUUUCUUUUCUCUUUUUGUUUCUUCUUGUGUUUGUUUUUUUUUCUCCUUUUUAAUUAAUUAUAUUUCAAUUUAAAUUAUAUUGAAUCUCUAUAUCAGACUGUUGAUAUAAGGUUAAAUCGUUCUCACU